AUGGCAACGAAUCGAACCACUGCUGAGGAAGUGACCUUUUCCCGAUCACCGGCAAAACUUUCCGUCAUUUCGUGGAAUUUGGACGGUUUGGACAGUAACAAUUUGGCGGAACGAACAGCCGAAGUUGUUGCUCUGCUGGAAAAACGAGACUACACCGUCGUCAUGUUACAGGAAUUGAUUCUGCCCACUUUUCAAUACAUUGCGGCCAAAUUGAAAUCGAAAUACAAGCCGGUCGUCGGUACGCAUAAGCCGGAAUCCACAUACUUCACCGUAACCUUUCUCCGAACGAAUCGUGUCAUUUAUGUGGAUCACGAAAUCGUCAAUUUUCCCGGCUCAAUGAUGGACCGGAACCUGUUGAUCACCCGAUGCCGAAUCGAUCGAGUGAACGUGGCAAUUUGUAAUACUCAUCUGGAGAGCACGGCAGCAUUUGCCCCACAGAGGGUCAUUCAACUCAAAAUGUGCUUUGACCGUUGCCGCUCCAUUCCGCCGGAAUGGAAUGUCAUCUUCGGCGGUGAUCUGAAUGCACGUGACACCGAAGUGCAAGGCAAAGUUCCGGCGAACAUGCACGAUCUGUGGAUGAGAAACGGUUCGAGUUCGUCGAAGUUCACCUGGGAUCUGAAAUACAAUACGAACAAACAGAUGCCGGGCAAGGUGCAACCGCGGUGUCGAUUUGAUCGGCUGUUUUUUCGUGAAUCGGUUCCGGCUACACUGACACCGGAAUUCUUCGGAUUGACCGGUUUGUCGAAGGUUGCCGGAACGAAUUCAUUUCCCAGCGAUCAUUGGGGAGUCGUGGCAUUUUUCCAGGAGACAUAG